AUGUAUGGCCUCUCCACAGAGCAGCUCGUAGGGCUCUACAACACCCCAUCAGCCUUCUUGUCGGUGCCUAUCUUAUCCACUACCUCAACCACUUCGCACCCCAUCGCGUUCCAAAGCCAUCUAAUCACGCCUGCUAUUGCGGUGGUCUUCAACACAUGCAGCGGCUCCCUCGCGUUUUUCUCAUCACCAGAUGCCCCGCAAUAUUCGGCCUUUUCUCGCACGAGCUUUUGGGUUGGUCUCGUGUUGUGGGCUUGGGGCUUCGUUGGAAAUGUUGUCCACGACAAGUUACUGCUUAAUCUCCGACGCAAGUCGAAUAACAAGGGAAAGGCCAAGGAGAGCAAUGGAACUGUAAACGGAACCGCGACUAAUGGACAAUCGAACGGCCAUACAAAUGGUCAUGCUAAUGGUAAUGGGAAGAGGACAAAUGGUCAUGCCAACGGCAAGACGAAUGGUGAGAGCAAGAGUGUCGGGGAGCACUACGCGAUUCCCUAUGGUCUUCUCUAUCAAUGGAUCUCCUACCCCAACUACUUCUGCGAAUGGAUCGAGUGGCUGGGCUUUGCGAUCGCUGCAGACCCCCGUCUGCUCAAUGCUGCCGUUUCGGGGUCACGUGCCAUUCUCCAGCCAGCGACGUGGAAAACAGCACUGACGGGCCCCGCUGCCGCUUUCUUCCCGCUCCUCUCUCCGCCGUGGAUAUUCUUCUUUGCGGAAAUCAUCCUCAUGUACCCGCGCGCCUAUCGGGGUCACCUGUGGUAUCUCAACAAGUUUCGAGAUAGCUACCCCAAAGAACGCAGAAUCGUUAUUCCCUUCUUGCACUAG